CUAAAAUAAUUUAUAUGAGAGAAGGACAAGUUCUUCAAAGAGAUACUGCAUUUUUAUGUGUAGCAAUUUUCACGUUUAAAUAACAUCCAGGUGUCGGUCUGCUUUGUUCAUGAGGUCACGUGCUUUAAUCGCGCUUCUGGUCCACGCGUCGCGCGGCGCACUUCACAUCACAUCGCUGCUGAUGCAGGAAUGAACUGGACUCACGCAGGACCUGAAUUAACAAUCAAUGAAGUUACGAACCGUAAACUACAAAUCUGAUCAUAGAAGUGUAUGUGUUGGAAGAAUUCAACAUUUUGGAUCAUAUUUCUGCGUGUAAAGUGCCGUCACGAACAGGCUGAUGUAGUUUGUGAGCGUGGAGCAGGAGAGUCAGAUGAAAGGAAAUAUAAUAUGCACGGUUAUUAUUUGAUAAAUGUUUUCGGAAAGCACCUUUAGCUCUGUGAUCAUCAGUGCUGAUGGCCGGAUAUACAGAGCUGAGCUCAGGCUCUGUGAGCUGAGGAGAGAGUAAGAUGAAGGUCUGGGGUGUGAUGCUGGCGUGUGCACUGACGCUGAGCUGCGUGUCCUCCGUCCCGAACCCAACCGGACAGUGCUCUCAAAGACCACAGGACCUACAGAGGAAACCAUACAAACAUCUGCAUCCGAGAAGUCACUCAGACAGCUUUCCCACACCACACUCAGCCUUCACCCACAGAUCCAAGAGAUCUCCAAAACGGAGAGGUUUCCUUCGUAACAAGAUGGACAGAAAGAGACCGAGUCGUGACGAGAGAGAGAAGGGCAAAGGAAGAGCGUGUGCGCUGAGACAAGUCCAGCUGAAAGUGUCUGAUCUGGGUCUGGGCUACCGGAGUCAGGAGGAGCUGAUAUUCAGCUACUGCAGCGGCGUGUGUAUGAACUCCCUCACAAACUACGACAAAAUCCUCACCGGCCUCGCCGACAACAGCAAAAACAUUCUGCGCAGCUCUCCUCCCACCGCCUGCUGCCGACCUGUCGAAUACGACGACGACCUGUCCUUUCUGGAUGACAACCUCAUAUACCACACCAUGAAGAGGCACUCGGCACGGAAAUGUGGCUGUGUCUAAGCAACUGUGAUAGACAAUGACACCAGAUGGGAAAAUCAAUAGAAACUAUUUCAGGUUAUUACAUGUGUGAGCAUAGCUCGGUCGAGAGAAUCAUCAUGAUUGCAUUUCUCUAAGAAGAUAUAGGAUAAGGAAUGGCAAGAAUAGUAUUGCAAGAUGUUCAAAAACUGGUACACUCAGAAUAAAAAAGCUGUAACUGGGGCGCUACCCUAAGAUACAAAAGCUAAAAGGUGUGAAUAUGUACACUUUCGGUACUAAUAUGUACUAUUUAGGGGUAAAUAAGGUAACUUAAAAUACUGCCCCAGUGACAGCUUUGUACCCUUUUACUGAGAGUGUAUAUCAUUUAACCUAUAGGAAGGCACAUCUUAAACAGCAAGACAGGAUAUUUUGUGUGCUGUGCAUUUUUAUGAGGUCUUUUUGACAUUUAACCUCCACUAAUUUUCUCUGAUUCUUAUGUUCAUUGUUAAACACAAAACCCAAUCGAAUGGUUUUGGUUAAAUUAAUUAAUCCCUAUUUAUAUAUAUAUAUAUAUUUGAAUAUCUAUUUAUAUG